CAGGAAGAUUUUGAAAGUUCCGUGACGAAUCUCAUCAUAAACCUAUUUCUUCAGACAUCCAAAAUUUAAAAAUGCCUGUGAUUUUUAGUGAAUCGUCGUGGAAUUUCCAUCAUUGGUCUGGCAACUGCUGUUUCUAUUUAUUGUCGGUAUCUUUGGAAACACGACUCGGCACCGCUGUUGUUUUGGCCGAGUUAUGAUGCAUCCAUUCCUUCCAGCUGAGAUUCAUCGUGGCUUAAGAGGAAAAUUACAACGCUAUGUGAAUUGCUGUGGUUUGGUUAUAUAUUUCCUACUGAUUCAGUUAUAACUGAAAGCGGCUUAUAGCGAGAUAUGCCGAAAAAUUAUAUAUCUGUUAGCCCUUGAAAGACACGGAAAUCCACAUUUUCAUAUUUUCCCAGAUAUGUGACAGGAAGCUGUCAUUCAGUCGCUUUUUUUAAAACUUUAUCGUGAAGGGCUUAAAAUUUUUUGGUUGUCUGACUACUGCAUACAUUCAAUACUCUCUAGCAUUUUCUAUUUUUUGAAAUUAGUUAAAAUUUCUCUUAAAAGCGUCUAACAGUAUGAGUACCUGCAACAUUUUCGUUUUCCAUCAUCUUCACAUCCGCAAUUUUUUUGCUUAUCACGCGAAGCAACAGUCAUAUAACCAAAUCGAACUUUGAUUAUGUUUGAGGACUGCGAAGCCGAAUCUGCCACCAGAGUAAUGUGGUUAAAGAAGGCGUAACUCUUACGAGAAAUUCGAAAAUUCGGCUAAUAUCUUAGCCGCAGCACUCGCUGAUGCAAGUCACAAGUCGAUUCGAGUAGAAGACUCGACCUAUAUUCUAGGGUGUUCUAAAAAGUACAAGAAUGCUACAGGAAGUGUAACAAAUUCUCUCCCACAAAAGGCUACAAAAUGUAUGUUUUGUAGACCGACUAGUAAACUAUUUUUGUAGCCUUUUGUGGGAAAGUUCUUUCCUAUCUCGUCGUUCCUGUAUCCAUCUCGCUGUAGACGGGUGUCUGAGUGACGCAUUUGGGGAGUGUCCGUAGUAUUUUAGAAUCAUCCCCGCUUCCUUCCCUGGAUUGCGGAGGUUUCGGAUCGUGUGAGCGCGAAUGACAGACGAUGGUAACGUAAUUGAGCGCUGAAAACCGCAUGUUAUUGCAUUGGCAUCAUAAAAAAAUAAUUUUUUUUGUUGAAAAAAAAAAAAAUGCAUGAGCUAAAUAGAAUUUUUGACGGCUUAGGUUGAAGUUGAGAAUCAAUUGACCCUCGUUCGUAAAUAGUCAAUUAUUUCAUGUUUUUGAAGAAAACCGGUAGAAUUGUUUGCUUUUCAUCAGCUCUUGAAUAUUUGUCGAAGGACUUCGGAAGACCAUUUCGUGUUUUUACGAAAAGAGAAAAAACAGUAAAAUUUGUUACUUUUCACCAAUUCUUGAAUAUUCGAAGUACUAAGCCUUUCUUAUAGUUCACCAGCUCUAAACGGUUUAUAUUCAGCGCUCUUUUUGAAGUACACUAAGUUGUUCUUUUAAUUUCAGAGGUAUUCUGAUAAACCCGUCUGACUGCGGUUUUGCUGAGUGUGUACAGCACCGCAAAAUACCUUAAUGCUCAGCUUAACUCACGUACUCAAAUUUUUAAGGAAAUAUUUACACCGCGGAUAGUAGCACACAACAGACAGGAGACGAACAAUGAGGAUUAGCCUACGCUUUUCUUAAACGAAGCACGUUCCUGAAAUAAGGAGGUUUUAUUUCUAGAGAAAAAUUCCCUUUGAGAAAAGAGGCCAUCGUAGCUUGCUUACAGCUCGUUUAAAACGAAAAGUGCUUACUGGACUUUCUUUGGCGCGGUCGAAUGCCAACGCUAACACUGGUUUCAUUGAACAUGCGUUAAUAAGCUUAAAUUCGGCCGUUUUCCUUUUCGUAAACGCCGUCUAAUCGGAAUUUGCAUAAUGAGCGAUUUCCUGUUAAUAGCCGUGUUUUUCUUUAAGAGCGCGAUGUUCUUAAAGCAAAAUUACGUAACAUAAAUCUCAUGUUGCCCUCUUAUAUUUAGCAACUUGUUAUCUACAUGAUCAAAAGCCUUCUUGAAUCUCGCUUCGUGUUUCCAAGAGUGCUCUCUCCUACGGCGGUGUACGGUACGUGGCCGGAAAAACUCACAUGGGCAACGAGUACUUAAGAAAAUUUAUCCUCCCUCGACGGAGCUUUUUCCUUGGAGACGACAAGCUUUUCUUCCAAUCGUAACUGACUCCAGGAAGCUCAGAAAAUGUUGGAGAAAUACCAAAGAAACUUAAAUACGUUUAUCAAUCGAUUCGAGUUACAAUAUUAAAGCUCGAGUGCGUGUCGUACUUAAAACUUUAAGCCUACCGAACUCGGGCUACUCAGCAAUCUGGCCAAAACAUCGAUUUGUUAACCUGUAUUUACCUCGAUUUGAUUGUUAUCUUUGAAUGAAAAAAAUAAUGAAAUUACGGUAUAUUUAGAGUCAUUGAAGAACAGUUUAAAGAAGAGCCGAAGACAGAAAAAGAUCAGUUCGUUUAGCGGGGGGAGUGGGGAGGGCUUAAGUGGAUCGUUUUCAAACUUGCAUGGUUAUCGUUUCAAAGGACAGAUGAAUGAAAAAUCUUUGAUGGCUGCGUUAAUGAGGGGUGCACUAUCAGGAAAUGUUCGAUACAGCUUUAUCUAGAAGCACACACACUUAUAACGAAAGGAAGGCGCGGAAGACGCACAGACAAACAACUAGAACAUAUAGAGCAAUCAAGUCAUUUAAGAUACUCCAUUUGAACAAAUCAAAACAUUGUUGACGGCGCAAAUAAAAGCAAUCGUUGGCUUAUUAACUUAGCAGUCAUACGUUCCAUAUAUAUUCAAUGUUCGAUAUUUUUACAUAUCGUGACCUAUUUAUGUCGAACUGCACGCAAUUCGUGUGGAAACAGUCUUAGCACAUUAUCACACAUCCUCGAUUUCGCACCCGUGUAGUUCUUAAACUGUUUUUUAAUUAGAAGCAAAUAAAUUGUGGUACUUGUGUGCUCUGUUACAACAAGGCUCGGGUCAAGCUCUAUGUGACAUUCUCGAACAUUCAGCUUUAUAAAACCGCCUCCAAAGUCAAAAGAGAAUUUUAAAAAAAAUCAGUGCUAAUUCGCGACAAGAAGACAAGACCAGUUGAAAUAUGUUGAUCAGUGACCUCCCAGUUUUCACUGCAUGAUCUCUUUACGUUAGCCCGACAAAGCGAAUAGGUAUCUGUUCCUUUCAUCAAAAGCUGGUCCCGUUUCCUCGGGGCUUUGCUGCAGUGUCUCUACGAGUUAAUCAAUUCUUGAUUGUCCAUAGCCCUAGAGUUCUCUUCAGCGAUAUUUACCGAUCCUCUCGUAGAAGAACCUCAAAUACAUUUGCUGUCAACAAACGUGCUUUGCUUUGUACUUUUUCCCGAUUACAUUUGGUGAGAAUUCUUGCAGUCGUUAAGUGGUUUAAUUCGUUUCCAAUUAACAGCUUCUUAAACCCGUCCGUACAACCGUCCGUGCGUUCUUUACUGUGAAUAAUUUUCUCUCAGCACGCCGUACAAGAUCUCACCUGCCUUUCAUCGCGCGAUGUCAUGCAAAGAGGCCUGGCCGGCAGGGAAACAAAAUCCGUAUUGACUCUCUAAUCCACUUUAUCUAUUAAAUUUCACGGCCCUUUUGUGACACCCGAGGACUCUUUCUUAUCCAAAGAGUUGAUCAAACGCUCAACAGAGUCUUAUUGCAGCGAGGUUUUCAAGCACAACUGUAGAAACGCGCGCGCGCGCGUGCGCGGCAAACUUGAAUUUAGGGCUGUGCUGGGGAGACGGAAAGGCGUUUACUCGUUAAAGAUGUCAGACAACCGCACAAGAUGAAAAGCGCGGUUAUUUCGAAGUGUGGUCUUUCCUGAUCAUGCCUUCGUCGAUUCCGUCUGAAUAGUGUAGGUGGUAGACGUACAUACACACGACAUUGUUGUCAUACUCUCGAGAUUUAGCUUGUCGCCGUAUCCCUGACCCCCCUACCCCCAGCGGAAAACAAAGCAAGGUAAAACUCAACUCAAGGCUGUUGAAAACGAUUUAAAAACAGCUACUGACACUCGGCAGGGCGGGGCGGGUAGGGAAGUGAAAUGCGUAGUUAAUUACUCGUGCACCUUUAGCUAUAAAACGCUUGACGACCGGCCGCCAUGCGAUCAUUAAACAACAUCUUCGUUCGGAUUGUGAACACCGACGCACUGACGCUCUGAGCUAUUUAAGUCAAGACUGAAGUAUUUGACCAUUCUUCGACAAGCUGUGUCCUAUUUGGGCUUCAACCAUACCGCGUGCCAAAAUUAUCGAGUCCAAGAGUAAUCGCUCUGUGAACUAAUCAGUUGGCUGUUUGCGUGAACGAACCUUACACGGCAACAUGCAGAAUCUGUUUCGCGCCGCUGCCAUUCUGCUCGUGUUGAGCGUGUUUGCACAAAGGCUACAUGGAAUUAGAUGGCUGGCCAUAGGACUUCCCUCGGAGCAUAACUGGAACAGGUCCGAUUGCAACAAAUACCAAGGAUUUGUUGGCGAUCAGUAUAAAAUGUGCAGAAGAAAACUCCCGAUAAUGAAAUACGUCGCAGAAGCUGUCGAAAUGACCAAGUCGGAGUGUAAGUCACAGUUGACGAACAGGCGUUGGAAUUGUUCGACUAUCGACAAAGCUCCUUCGUUUUACAACGACCUGAAGAGAGGAACUAAAGAAUCGGCGUAUGUUUACUCGCUCUCUUCGGCCGCCGUGGUUUACAGCGUGACGCAGGCGUGUAGCAUAGGACGGCUGGAGCUCUGCGGUUGUGGGCGAACGCCUAAGAUGAAACUAGAAAACAAAAACUGGCUCUGGGGAGGUUGCAGUGACAAUAUCGCCUACGGUGUGAGGUUUAGCAAAAAUUUCACAGACGCUGUUGAGAAAAAACGCAUGAAGGGUCAAGAAGCCUCCGCGACCAGCCGCGCGCUCAUGAAUCUGCACAACAACGAGGCUGGAAGAACGGCUGUCCGAGACAAGAUGGCAGUUGUCUGCAGAUGUCAUGGCGUGUCUGGCUCGUGCCAGACUAAAACGUGCUUCAGACGUUUGAGCGACUUCAAAGAGGUAGCAACGCUCCUGAAGAAAAAGUACGACAAAAUCAUCAACGUUGUCAGCAAGACUAAGGGCAGUAAUAAGCACAUGCUCAGACCGAGAAGAGGAAAACGAUACACUCUCCGGGACCUCAUCGCUCUGGCCGCUUCUCCAAACUACUGUAGGAAGAGUGAAAGUCGAGGAACUCUGGGUACUGUCGGGAGAGAGUGCAACCCCGAGACCAGUGGGAAGGGUAGCUGUGCGUACAUGUGCUGCGGACGCGGCUACAAAACCUUUACGCGGGAAAUAGUGGAGCGCUGUAACUGCCAAUACGUGUGGUGCUGUUACGUGAAGUGUAAAAAAUGCGCAAAGACAAUCACUGUUAGCACGUGCAAGUAAGGGAGAGAAAAAACUAAAGAAAGCCUGUGAACUGAAUCCUAAUUUAAACAAGCAAAGAAGAUGUACGAAAGUCAAGUUUAUUGAAUGGCAUGCGAUGAAAUUUAGAUGGAAGAUAUAUGGAACAGAGAUGAUUCAGAAAGCUCGUCAAAAAAGUAAGAAAGUGGACAUUUGUAAAAAGAUUAGAAUAGCGGACUACUGCAACAGAUAUUUCACUGUCGUUGUUAUUCAUUUGGCAUUCGAGACUGCUGCUAUAUUAGCGGUGGACUCAGCCUUUGCUGUACAGAUUCAAACCUCAAAUAUAGUAAAAGAACAUUGUCUUUGGAGAUAGAUUAGCUUCGUAUAUGGCGUUGCACAGGAAGAACACCUUAAAGCAUUCACGGACACAACAAACUUGCACACACGGACCCUCAGGGACUGUCUGUUUGGAUCAAGCUACACGUGAGAAGAGUCAUUGAGACCGAGAACUGUAAAUGAAAUGUACAGAGACACACCUAACUAAAUGAUUUUAGGAGAGAGGUUUCUGGACAAUUUCUGAUUGCGACUGUUGAGCAUUUUCAAUUUCUUAAUAUAACUCCUGGACAUUAGUCUAGUUUGACUCUUGCGAUCAACUUAUAUUUUUAUUAAUUAAGUUCCUUGUUCUAAGUAACAAAGUUCACCGAAGCAAAUAUGCAAAUUUAACAGUAUAGGAUAAUGUCAGUGAGGGAAAGCCCUCACGAGUUUAAGCUACCUUAACUUUAUGAAUAUUUAUUUAUUGAGACACAACUAUUUACACGUUUAUAACACGGUGCUACAGUUACUACUUAUAAAUUCUUAAAUAAAUAACUCUUCGUGUCGAAUGUCUCAUAACUUUUAUUUCUAGCGCUGGUUACUUAUGAAAAUUUGAAAAAAAAAAAAGAAACAAUUCUGUCAUACGUGUUGGCUUGCAGUCUCCCAUCUCUUGCCCUUGCCCUUCUUUUCGUCCGUCUAGACUAAAACUAACAGGAUCGCCGGAUUUUUUUUGUUUUCAAUCAUAGAACAUCCAACCUUUGCCAGAGCUCGAGUUACGCCACGGGCAAAUGGAUCGAGCGCAUUAGCCAAUCAGAACGCGCGCUUCGCUAAGGCUAUGUUUUUAAGCUAUUUAGAAAAUUCCCAGCUAUUUAGAAAGGUCUGGGAUAUUUUAAGCGGUUUAGAGCCUUCCUUUCAAACCUUUGCCAGAAAUACACCAAAUAUCUUGUCCUAGGUUGCACGCUGACGUCAGUUUG